CUCUCUGUGAGAACCAAGAACAAGAAAGAGAAGGUAGAAGGGCUUUUCAAGAGCUUCAAUAAAUCAACAGAUGAAAUCCUCUUGUCUGCAACACAGAAGGAUGUGGAUGAUUACUUCGAGAAAGAAAAAGGUUUUCUGCUUGAAUAUCACACAGCAAUUAAGGAUUCAACAGUUAAAGCUGAUAAAAUGACUCAGACACACAAAAAUGUGGCUGAUUCUUACAUCAAACUUUCCUCUGGCUUAUCACAACUUGGGACCAUUGAGGGCCCUAGAUUAGAGAAAUUCAUUAAUAAGGUUGCUGACACUUUUGAAAAGGCUAGGAAAGUAGAAGGCAGGGUAGCAUCAGAUGAAGACUUGAAGCUUUCAGAUACUCUACGAUACUAUGUUAGAGAUGGAAGUGCAGCAAAGGACCUUUUAUAUCGUCGACUUCGAUGUCUAGCAAAUUAUGAGCAGGCCAAUAAAAACUUGGAUCGUGCACGUGCAAAAAAUAAGGAUGUCCAUGCUCCAGUGGACGUUGCAGAUGCUGAACUAGCUCAACAGAAUGCUUGUGAGAAGUUUGAGCAUAUGUCUUCAAGAGCCAAGGAAGAACUGGGCGACUUCAAGUCACGUCGUGUAGCAGCCUUCAGGAAGAACCUGAUUUGAACUUGCUGAACUAGAACUAAAACAUGCUAAGG